AAUAUAAAACCAAAAAGAAAAACAAAGCUCCCUUUCCCACAACAAGCAACCAUCAAAAUUAAGACUUAGCUGAAAUUUCAUUCUCAUAAAAAACCUAACUUUAUUUCUUCUCCAUAAUUCCACCUUCUCUCUCUACCUUUCUCUCUCUUUCCAUGGCUAAUGAAAAUCAUGAUCUUUUCUAUCAUCACAACAACCACCACCAUGAUGAUGAUGAACUCAAUCCCUCCAACUUUUCAUUCUCACAAAACUUUCAAGGAUUUGAUCUUUCCACUACUCCUACUACAACUUUCACUGACUACUUACAUGGUUCCAUGGACUAUAACACUCUCUCAAAAGCCUUUGACUUGUCUUGUUCAUCAUCUGAAGUUGUUUCCUCCAUCAAUGAUAACAACAUGAAGAAAUCUAGUGCAGGAGAUUCUGAAUCAUCUUCAUCUAAUGAAGCUGAAGCUGUGAUAGAACAAGACUCAACUAAAAUGGAAAAGAAAGAUAAGCAUCCAAAAUUAGGGUCCCAAGAUGGAGAUGAAAAUUCUAAAAAAGAGAACAAGGUUAAAAAGAAAGAGAAAAAACCAAAAGAACCAAGGUUUGCAUUCUUGACCAAAAGUGAGAUUGAUCAUCUUGAAGAUGGUUAUAGAUGGAGAAAAUACGGACAAAAAGCAGUCAAAAAUAGUCCAUAUCCAAGGAGUUACUAUAGAUGCACAAGUCAAAAGUGUAUAGUGAAGAAAAGAGUGGAAAGGUCAUACCAAGAUCCAUCAAUUGUGAUGACAACAUAUGAAGGACAACACAACCAUCAUUGUCCAGCAACACUUAGAGGCAAUGCAGCUUCCAACAUCUUUUCAUCACCAUCUCUCUUUGGUUCCAACUCAAUUCCAUUGGAGCAAAGAAUACAUCAAGAUUUCCUUGCUCAGUUUCUUCCAAGUUAUAGCCAAAGUAAUAAUCAUCAAAUGUUCCACCAAAAUGUUCCUCUACCACCUCAUCAGCAACAGCAGUUUCAACUCCUUCAAGACAAUGGUUUGUUGCAAGAUCUACUACCAUCAUCAUUUCCAGGAAAACAAGAGCAAUGAUCAAGCUUAUAUAGUAAAGUAAUUAAUUUACUAUCUCAUUUCAAUUAACGGUAUAGUCCAUAAAGUCUCUAUGUACUAUGUAGUAAGUAGUACUAGUAGCUUCCCUUAACUUGUUCUAUAUCAAUACAUUAUUUAAGAAAUAUUAGUUACUGCAGAAGAUGAUGGCACUUGGAUCUUGAA